UCCACUUGCACGUCAGUCCUGUCCACCAUGUCGACAACACACCUCAACCUCCUCACCCUGCCCAUCGACUGCCUCUUGUGCAUUCUCUCCCAUCUCCCGCUCACUUGUAUUGCAGACCUCUCCUGUACCAGUAAAGACUUUAAAGAAACCCUCCGUAGCAAUGCCACCCACAUUUACAACAACCUCAUACCCACCACCAUAUCCCCGCACCUCCUCAAAGUCUACAAAACCUCCCGAGGACACGUUCCGUUCACAGAGGUAGAAAUCGACGUUGAGAGCCGAUGUCGACGGGGUAUCAGCAGUGUUGGCCGAAACGAUCCUGACCCUAUUGACGGCGGUGCAGUGUACUAUUUUCUCUUGCGACGGCAUAAAACGGUUGUAGAGGCUUGUGGAGAUGUCUUGAAGCGGUUGGUCGGGGAUCGGAGGGCGCGAAAGGUACUCGUGGAGAAUGCGAGGAGGUUUGGGGAGGUGGAGGCGACGGUGGAUGACGGGCACGUGGGGGACAAUGUUGUAUUGGUUGAAGCUGUGAGAGCACUUGUCAUGCUCCAAUGGACUGUGGAAACGUUGCGGUUGAUGGGGUGUGCAGCGACAAAGGCCAGUCGGUCUACGCCGGGGUAUUCCCUUGUUGGCUGCAGAUACGUCAAACUCAUCAUUCGUGAUUUUGAGACGAUCGAUCUGCGCGUCAUGUAUCACGCCGUGAUGAAUUUGGGUUCAAAGAGCUUUACCAAACCCAGUGCAAAGUGGAGGUCUGAUGCACAGGGAUUUGAAGUGCAUCAUUUUGAGUUAAUUUAUUUAAGGCCAUUCUUGAAAAAGACCUUGGCAGAUCGCGGGGAUUGGUCUGAAGAGGUGUGAUGGAUGUGAAAACGGCUUGUCGCCGAAGCGUCGGGCUCUAAAACGUAGUGCAAUACCCCAAUAGACGAUCUGCUAGAUUUUCUAUAACUUUUCAAUGGAAUGACUUGUUUGGGACAUUAUAAUUGGGCUGGGCCGCAAAAAAUCCCCAGCACGGGUCCGCCAUUCCGCAUCGGCAAGAUGUACCUCCUUCAGAUUAUGUUUGGCUCAUUGGGAUCAAUAUAUGGCUCAUCCCCCAGUGAAGGAGCUGUGGGCUCGAGCGCUGCGGGAGAGGUGGUCUCGCUAAAGUAUGUGCUGGUUUCAUCUUGGGUUGCUUACCUUCAGGUCAAGAAUUAUUAAUUGCGUACCUUCAAGCAUUACACCUUUACCUACAUUACUGUAUUACAAUUAAAGACAUGGUUAAACAUGUUUAUAUUUUCUUUAUGAACCAAAAAAUAUUACCAAUGAACUGC